AAGUCAAAUCAAAUCAAUAAGAUACUUGGUUCUUGCCACGUUUUUCUUUUAUUAUCUAAAUCUUCGCGUCUCCUUCAGGACAAUGAAACAAAUGAUUACAAUUUACAAACGAGAUUUUAAAUGACCGGUUCAUAUUAAUUCUAAAUUGAAAAUACACUCUGAAUUCAAGAAUGAAAAACCUGAUGACAAGAGUGACAUAAUUGUGGCCAUCAUAAUGAAAAUAUCGCAAUUGUAAAUCAUCAAUCACUGGCUAAAAGGGUAAAAAUAAUAACCAUAUCUAGGAGCCUUGCAAAAUUUAUCACAGCAGAUUACAGAGUUCGGAGUUUGACUAUACUUUCAACUUUAUAACGCCUUAGCACUUACACCAGAAAAUUAAUUACAGUUUUCGUAGUUCGGCAAAAUGCAAAACAGGGUAAUCGUUUGUCUCAUAAUUCUAAGACAUAAUUAUCCACACAUGACAUCGCACAUAAAUAACUCUUCAUUUACUUUAAAAAGAAUCGAGUAAUGCUAUAUACAAUUUUAGACCAAGUUUGAAUACUGAUAAGAGUGGGAUUUUUAUUUUCAUUACAGGCGAUGAAUUUUGAUGACAAUCCGAAGUAUUUUCAUAAUUGUUAUGAGAAUGAAUGUUCUGUAUUAUGGAAUGAUUUAAACAAUUUUGUAUAGUGUUUUAUGCAGAAGAUUCCUCUCAGGAUAAAUAAGGAAUGGCUUUCCUAUUCACUACAUUCUACGUGAUAGGAUUUCUGAUCGUCAAUUUUUCCCCCUAAACUCAAUAGAUAGAUCCAUUGGAUGAUCGUAAUUAUUCAGGUCUUCCCAGAGACCCCCAAAGCCAUCGUCGUAUCCGGUCACCGAGUGGCUUUCUGACGGAUGCUAUUGUUCGAGGGUAUUAACCGGGUAGGCGCUCCCUGAUUGGACGGCGGUACUUGAGCUUUAAUCAUCGCACAGCCAAUAAGGACAAAGCCUUUCAUCUGACCGCGGGUGCGCUGGUGGCUGACCGAAGCCAAUAAAUGGGCGCGCUCUGCUGGUGGAAAUCAUAUCGAAAAUCAGCUGCUAUUCAUCUCGUUUACAAUCCGCUUCGCUUGCUUCGUCGCUUCUACUUCGUCGGCUACACAGCGCUUCCUGCUCAUCUACAAUCAUCAUCAUGGCCCCGUCCGUCACCGCAGUCUCUGCCGUCAAGGAUGCCGCUACUCAGCCUCACUUCGUCUCCGUUCUGAUGUGCUCCGGUCCAGGCUCGGGGAAGGUCUUCGCUGUACUCAUUCAAGACCUCGUCCACCGUCGUAAGAAGCUGGACAUCGGUACACACGUCCUCGUCAAGCGUCACGAUGGCAGUAAGAGGGUCAAAGGCGUCGUAGUUCACAUGAAUCCAUUCCUCAACGCCAGGCUACCUCCUCCAGCUAAGGCCAGAGCAGUACCAGUUCCUAAUCUGCCUCGACAGCAACCAGCCAAGCGAACAAGUAUGCCAGAGCAGCCAAGCCUAGCCGACGACGUAGCGGUCCGUGCAGCGAAGCGGUCGAAGCCUGGUCCUUCUCAGCCGAACGGUGUCUCGGCCCUCCAACCAGCCUUGCUCCGGAAAGGUCCACGUGGCGAGGUCUUCAUCCGCUGCUUCAACCAAGAGCAUGAGCCUCACCGUCGACGCAUCUUCGGUCCUCAGUCUACCCGCUACCCAACCCGACACCGCGUCCGCCGAGAGCUGGUCUAUGGCAAGACGUCGAUGAAGCUCAAGUGUUCAUCGCAGCCCGUCAGCGUGGAGGAGCUCGACGGCAUCGUUCCUCUCGACUGCCUCGACGACAUCGUCUCCGUCGACGAACUCUGUGACGCCUUGACUCAAGCCGGGGGUCCGCUCCACUCAACCCCUAUCUCCGCGCCGCCCCGUAGCCGGUCUGACGCUCCCUCUGACUCCAUCACGCCGUACUUCAAGGAAGAGUUUCAACCGCUCCGACCAGCACCCUACAUACGCAACCUCUUUGCCGCCGAGCCUCGAGUCGAAAGCCACGCCGACCACCGACUAGAUGAUGGACUGUUCCCCAUCAGCUUUCCGGGUAUGCUGAUGUCUUCGCCUCGUAUGGCUUGAACUCUUAAUGUAUUUUGGACACUUAUCCCAGUUGAUAAUUCAACUCUCUUGAACUUUCACCUAAUGUAAUAAUGUUUAUCAUUGUCAGUUGAAUUUGAACUCUACAAAUGAGGGAGUCAUCCACAUUUUCACCUUUCAAUUCUUGGCUUAAUCUUAAUUGAUUUCAAUUAUCAAGUCAAAUCAUCAAAUUUUGGCAUUCAAGAGCUAUGCAAUUAUUCUUGCCUUGACAAUGUUCAAUAACAAUUGGAACCAGUAUUUUUCUACUCAAAACUCCUUUGUGAAAAUGGAAUUGCAAUUCUUCAUUUGCAUGAUUUUUACAUAUCCAGAUAGCAUAUGUACAUUUUGUACAUUCAUUUAAAUUGUAAAUAUGCAUUUGUAAUUAUGUUUAUUAUCAGAGAGUAGCAAUGUAAUUAUGGACAUAUGGAUGUAUCAGUUUGUAAAUAUUGAAUUGCUAUUGCACUGUGGUGCAAAUUUGUAAAUAAAGUACAUUGACAUUA